CCUGCAACAAAACCUAUUAUGGAGAUGUUGGAAGGACCCAUGAAUUAGAGCUUCACCGGCCAAAAGAGGACCGGUUACCUUACCUAUGCUAUCUAACAUUUAAAGCGGCUGGGAAUUCAUAUGGAAAUUUAAUACAGUUGACAUUCGAUAGUUUCACGUUGGGUCGGUUCACGUCGUUCACGACGAACGGUUGUCCGGACGGGAACAUGAAGAUCCUGGAAGCGGACCGUCCGAGCGUGGGCGGGGACUGGUGCGGGACCUCGUGGGCCCCGGCGCACUACUUCAGCGAGACGGACACCCUAAAGGUCAUCGUGCGACUCCUCAGGCUCUCCAAGAAUCAAACCGGCUACAACUUCGACUUCCGACUCACCUACAAGAUGCUCCCCACCCACGAAGCCGUCGUCAGAUACGGCGGAUCCUACACCACAA